UGAAACCCUAAGUGUACAUAUAUAUAUCCGCCUUAAACUAAAGCCAAACAACAUAGAACUGAAUAACAACCGAAAACUUGAGCAAGAAAACUUCCGACGCUAAGAGAAAUGGCAACGUCCUCUGUUCUGUCCACCUUCGCCGCGACGGCAAUUACGUUGCAACUACUCUUAUCUCCUGCUUCAGCUUCCCCUCACAUGAAAUACAUUGACGCCAUCUGUGAUCGUGCCCAUGACCAAGCUUUCUGCGUUAAAACUUUGACUACCAAUCCCCCUACAGCUGCUCCCAUUGGCCUGCUUCCAUUGUCGGAGGCUGUGAUCAACUUGGCCACAUCACACGCGGAGAAGACAGCGAUUUUCGUAGAUGAGACUGCGAAGAAAGAUCCAACGGUGAAGACUGCGUUUACAGAGUGCCACAAGGCCUACCUGGCCGUGGCAGCUGAUCUCAAGAGUGCAAAUGUGAAGCUCAAGGCAUCCCCGGACACGGCUAACUACGACGUCAGGGCUUCAAGCGACAACAUGAGGCGCGUGAAUGAAUUGGUUGGGAAAAACACUGACAAGGCUUCAACCACGCUCAAGGAAAUGACUGUGCAGAUGGAGAAACUCCUUGACCUUGCAGCUGGAGCCGCCGAUGCCGUUGACGACGACGAUGAGAACAUUCGCCUUCGCGUCUAAUGGAUGUUAAACCGAGCGGGUUUAGUUUUUUUUUUUUUGUUCACAAUACAAAUGGAAAUAAAUAAAUGAAUAUGUAUACAUUACAUACAAACUGUGUUAUGAUAAAUUAGUAAUUCAGUUUUUGAAAUAUAUAAUGUGCUCAAGUUUUGCAUCU